UCUCCUCUCUCAACUUCUCUCUCUUUUUUUUUUCUUUAUUCAUUUUAAGCCUUCUUGUUGCUCCCUAUUUGACAUUGUUAAGAACCCCUUCAUUAAUUUCUUUUAGGGUUAAGGAAAUUAACCUAAUAGCUCUUAGCACAUUGCCUUGUUCUUGCACUUGGAGGAACAUGAAGGAAAGUGGAAGGAAACAAGGUACCAUGUCGCCAUGUGCGGCAUGCAAGCUUCUUCGAAGGAGAUGCACGCGAGAUUGCGUGUUUGCUCCUUAUUUUCCUGCUGAUGAACCCCAGAAGUUUGGUAGUGUUCACAAGGUUUUCGGGGCUAGCAAUGUAAACAAAAUGUUACAGGAAUUACCUGAGCACCAAAGAAGUGAUGCAGUUAGUUCAAUGGUAUAUGAAGCCAAUGCAAGGGUGAGGGACCCUGUGUAUGGAUGUGUGGGAGCCAUAUCCUCUCUUCAACAACAAGUUGAUGUGCUCCAAACCCAAUUGGCACUAGCACAAGCAGAGGUUGUGCACAUGAGAAUGCGCCAAUUCUCACCACCAUCAGAACAACAACAACCCUCAGUGCUUCCUGAAGCCUCCAAUUCAUCAUCAGAGAACUUGUACCACUCAAGCAGACUCUUGUCUUCACAAACCAAGUCCGUUUUUGGCAUGGACAUGGUCGUUGAUCAGGCCAACAUGGGGCAAUCCUUGUGGUCAUACUAGCUUAAUUAAUUAGGUUAUGGCAUGCAUGCAUGCAUGACCUUCACUUUAUUUAUUUUUCUUAUCAUUAUUAUUACUAUCACGGGCUUGCUUUAUUGUCUGCCUCAUUAGUACCUUUUUUUUCUGCUUUGUAUCCCCUUUACCCUAGCCUGUUCUCAUGACUGAAAGGACAUCCAUCUCUCUCUGCAUUACCAAGAGAUGAUGAUGAUGAUUAGUUAGCCUUAGUGUUUAAACGUAUAAACUUGUAAUUAUGAGUCAUCAUAUCAUUUGUAUUAAGUUGACUAUAUACUUUUUUACUGCA